CAUUCAAAUUAUAGAAAUAUAUCUCGCGAAAUAACAACCAAAAUAUCUAAAUUUUUUCAAACUUGUUAUAUAUAUAUAAACAAAACAUAAAUUAUAAAGAUCUCGGUACAUGCAAAGCAAUAAGUAUUACAAGAACAGGUCAAUAUAUCGAGCCAAAAGUUAUCCUAAUACUUAUUGACCGACAUGAUUUAAAAAUAUAAGUAUAAAACACAAAUAAAAAAUAAUAUGCUGUAUAUUAAACAAACUUUAGAAACGUUUCAACUUUACAAAGUCCUUAUCAGUCAUAAUAAAAAUAAUUGUAUAUAUUAAUUAUUAUAAUUAUAAAAAACAAGAGUAUAAAUCUCGAAAUUCCAAUUUAUUAUCACUAUGUCGAUGACAUUUUAUUAUUAAUCAGUUUACAUAGUCUUUGACUGUCGAACGUUACACUCGCUUUAAUGCUUUGUCUGAAUUUGGUUUCUAUAUUUUAUAUAUCUGAUCUAACCUAAGUAUCUGCUUUUAUUUUUUGUGCAAUAUUCUUAUCAUUUUAUUGUGUCCAUAAGUUACACAUGGUUUCUUUUCGUUUUAACAAUUUUAGAUGUUUCCAAAUAUUCAUUGACAAGACUUAGUAUCAUCAAUUAAUAAUUAAAUAAUACAUAUACUAAUAUUAAUUUAAAUAUACAUAUAACUUUAUCAACGAUGUACAAAUAUUGCAUAUAGGCUGUAACACUGUUGUAUUAUUGUUUCCUUGUUAAACAUUGUAUUAAAAUUCGCGGUUGCUUGGCCGUUACAAAAUGGCGAACUGAGGCAGCCAAUCGAAAAUCGUUAUCACGCUGGCUCCACUCCCACUACAAAUUCUACGUCGCCUCGGCGCGAGCCGAGCUCCGAGCUGCCGAGUAAACAUUCGUCGUGUACAAUGUCGCCGCGUGCGAGGUGAUCGUCGUGUGUGUGUACGCGCGCCAAGUAUCGCCGAUCGCGUAGCUGACGGUAGAGUGUUGGGCGCGCAUUUCCUGGAACAGGGGGGGGGGACGAGAUGCGUGCGUGUUUAUACGUAUGUGUGUGUUGUGCGCGCGAGUCCGCCCGCUCGAAGUUCUGAGAAAUCCACUUCGUCGCAUUUCUCCGUCGCCAUCGCCGCCGUCGCCUCCGUCGCCGUCGUCAUCAUCGUCGACGACUUUCGUCAGUAGUUGGCGCUCGAACGUCCGGAAUGGCAACUGGGUGUAAUCGCGGACGGAGCGGCGCGGGACGGCGGUGCGUCGCGACGCGAGAUUGAUUCGGGAUCGAUCCCUCGGCGAAAACGCGCCCCGGUGGCCGUUUCGCGGAAUCGCGCCCUCGUCGGGUGUCCCCGUCGUGUCCGCGCGCCCUCGCGCGCGCGCGCUCCGGGUCCGGGGACCAGCGGCCCCGGCGGUCAGGCAGAGUCGAACGGCGCAAUCGAUAACCCCUGCGGGCGCUUUUUGCGCUGGGCGAGAGAGAGAGAGAGAGAGAGAGUGAUCGUAAUGGCGAGAGCGUGGCGUCGAUCGACGAUAGGCGGCCGGAGUGGGAGACGACACUGGUAAAAACAAUGCCGAAUCGCCAGGGAGUCACGCAUUGCUGAUGAAGAUUCUUGGUAGAUGUGCAUAUGGAUAUUAUGCCUAUCCGUUGCUUCUAAUUGAUACAUCACUUUCUAAAUAUGGAUGAUGAAGAAGGGACUUCAAGUUCUGGACCUAUGUCUUCGUUAAACAGUUUGUUUUCGUUUACCAGCCCCGCUGUGAAAAAAUUGCUCGGCUGGAAGCAGGGUGACGAGGAGGAGAAAUGGGCCGAGAAGGCGGUAGACUCGUUAGUGAAGAAAUUGAAGAAGCGCAAAGGCGCGAUCGAGGAACUGGAGCGGGCACUGAGCUGCCCCGGGACGCCAAGUAAAUGCGUGACGAUACCCAGAAGUUUGGAUGGAAGAUUACAGGUGUCCCAUCGCAAGGGCCUGCCACAUGUGAUAUAUUGCAGGGUAUGGCGAUGGCCGGAUCUCCAGUCGCAUCAUGAAUUGAAGCCACUGGAGCUUUGCCAGUAUCCAUUUUCCGCCAAGCAGAAGGAGGUCUGCAUCAAUCCGUACCACUACAAACGGGUGGAAAGCCCGGUACUGCCGCCAGUGUUGGUUCCUAGACACUCGGAAUACGCUCCCGGCCAUUCUCUGUUGCCAUUUCAGCAGUUGGCCGAUCCGAGCAUGCCGCACAACGUGGCCUAUUCGUCCAGCGGUUUCAACGCGGGUUCUACGAGCGGCGUCAAUCCGACAUCGCCCAUGUCCUCCGUCGGCUCCGUGCCCAGUCCAGGUAGCACGAAUUUGCCGAAUCCUCAGAGCCCGUACGGCACCAACGGAUUACCAGAGACCCCGCCGCCAGCGUACUCUCCGCCCGAGGAUGGUUCGCAGACUGGGCAGACCUCAUCAUCGGACUCGGUUCCAAUGGACACAAGCACAUCGAUUGAAUCUGCGAUACCUGUCUGUUAUCAAGAACCCUCUUACUGGGCCUCAAUCGCCUAUUACGAGCUGAAUUGCCGAGUAGGAGAAGUGUUUCACUGUCACUCGCACUCUGUCAUUAUUGACGGCUUUACAAAUCCAAGCAACAACUCCGAUCGCUUCUGCCUCGGGCAACUGUCUAAUGUAAAUCGAAAUUCUACGAUAGAAAAUACGAGGCGGCACAUAGGUAAAGGAGUGCAUCUAUACUACGUCGGUGGAGAAGUUUAUGCCGAAUGCCUAUCGGAUUCCGCGAUAUUUGUACAAUCUAGGAAUUGUAAUCACCAUCACGGUUUUCAUCCCAGCACAGUUUGUAAAAUUCCACCGGGAUGCUCGUUGAAGAUAUUCAACAAUCAAGAAUUUGCCCAACUUCUGUCGCAAAGUGUAAACCAUGGGUUUGAAGCGGUCUAUGAAUUAACGAAGAUGUGUACAAUAAGAAUGUCUUUCGUAAAAGGAUGGGGUGCAGAGUAUCACAGGCAGGAUGUUACAUCAACUCCCUGUUGGAUCGAGGCUCAUUUACAUGGACCUUUGCAAUGGUUAGACAAAGUGUUAACGCAAAUGGGUCCUCCUCACAACGCCAUAAGUUCAGUGUCAUAAAUCAACCCAGAUGGCAUGGAACAUUCCAUAAUUGAAAUUGACAAUGUUGCAGCGACGCUGCAACGUUACUGCAGUAUUGGGAUGUCAUGUAGUUCCAAAUGACGACAGACUCGUAAGUGACAAGUCAUGAGUUUGAGUUUACAUCCCAUGUAUAGAGAUAUAUCUUAUCUCCUCUAAAUUUUUACAUUAUCUCGAGGUAUAAAGACGAAUUCACAGAUGUCAGUAGGCUAGACCAGAUUUUGGUCCCCCAAAAGCUAUUAUUUACUCAUAACCAUACCAAAUCUAUAUUGCAGUAUUGCUGGAAUGUACAUGCCACCUGGAAAUAUACAUGCAUCACAGAAAUUUAUUUUAAGGCUAUUCUGCAUAAGACAAAAUACGGUUGCAAGUCGCAGACACGAGACAGAAGUGUCAGUCGUACUAUUAACGCUUCUGAUUGUUGCAUCCGCAUCUUAUGUAAAAUGCCUUAAAGGGAAAAGAAUAAUUCAUCUCGAUGCACUUUUAAGAAUUUAUAUAAAUAUCCCUUAACGUUCACACUUUAUGAAAAUCUCAUAACAUUCAAAAAUAGUUCAAUUGUGCCCGUUUUAAAUAAGGUAUUUAUUUUAAGAAUCAAAGUGACGAAUUGGGGGGGUAAAAAAUCGGGAUGAAAGACGAAUGACUCUUACAAAGUAUAUUUAUUUAUGAAAAAAAAAUUUUUUAUUGAUAUUAGUACAAAAGUGUUCAGGAUUAUUGAUUUAAUGUUACAUAAUUAAAAAAAGCUGCACAAAGUUUUUGAAACUAAAUUUUCUUGGGAUUUUUUAGACCCCAUAGUGAACGUUAAGGGGUGUGUGCGUGCGUGCGUGCGUGCGCGCGCGCGCGCGCGCGCACAUAUAUAUAUACAUACAUAUAUAUGUAUAUUGGCUGUAUUUGCCAAACAUGGUAAAGUUAUGGAGCUAUGAAUAUGCACAGACGAAAUACAAUUACAGUAAGUUGUCCUAUGUUAUACCUACAUAAAAUCUUAUAUAAAGAGAUGAUAAUAAAAUCAACAUAAAGGUAAUGAUUAAAAGAAAUAUAAAAACUUAUAAGAAGUUGUGCAAAAGAUAUUUAACAGUGAUCUCUGAAAGCUAUUCUCGUGAUUGCGAAAUAUACACUUAGAUGCUGUAAAGCUCUUUUGGCUGUUACAUAAGGACAAGAAUUAUAUAUAGAGAGAGAUAAUAAUGAUAAAUAUAUAAAAAAGAAAUAUUUUUCAAAUAUGUAUGCGUCAGUCUAAUACUUUAUUUUAUAUGAAAACUUAUUGUAAGAAGUAUUUGUCAAAAAAGUGUCAUAUUAGAAACAAAAUCCUUUAAAAAUUGAAGCCUUAGACAAUUUUAAGAUUUAAUGUAAUUAAAAAAAGGAAAUACAUAAUUGUAAUUGCUUAAAAGCAAUUAUGAAAGUAAGUCCCCCCGGAUUAUGGGAGGCGAAAAGAUAUUCUCUGUCGUUUGAAUUAAGCAUAGUCCAAUGGUUAUGUCUGUUAAGUUAUGUGUGUGCUUUAAAGUACAUUUGCAUCUAUAUAGAUCUACUCAAAUUUAUCGUUAAACGAUUAUAGCGGGCUUUUAUUGAUGAACAAUGCGAUCUAUAUUUCAAUGUACAACAUUGGACGUUGAUCUCACGUUAACUGUCGGCAAAGUUAACUGCGUCCGAUGAUAUAUUGAAACGACAGACUCACUAAUCUAUAGAAAGAUCUAUGAUUCACGGCUUACGCUCCAUCUCUGCGUAUAUUACAUUGCAUUGUACUCUUUUUGAUUAUCGUAUUGUGCGAUUUGACGCUUUUUCCGUAUUACAAUUCCUAAAAACAGUACACGAUUAGGUAAGUUUUAUGUAUUAUAAAUAUGUGAAAUUUUAUGUGCUGUACAUAUUUGUUUAUGAAAAUUGUCGUACACACGUAUAUACAAGUGUGUGCAUGUACGUAUGUGUGUGUGUAAUGAAAAGAAUCGUCUAUUAGUAAGUUGAUACAUUGCUUGAAAAGAAUUACGUUUACCAGUCGAUUGAAAUUAAGCUUGAUAUUACGUUUGUUACUUUUUUACAUUACGAAAGGUGCCAAAAAGAAUGAAAUAUUCGCAUAAUAUGUUUAAUUUACGCACUGUGAUAUUUCAUCAGAGAAAUGCAAUUCUUUCAUUGUAUCUAAUCACGUUCUCAAAAUUUUUAAUCAAUUGUCUCAAAAGAGUACAUCGAUUCUACGAGUGUCUUAAAAGCUGUCAGAUAUUAACAGUGCCUAAUUAUAUAGACAAUACCAUCUUAUUUCACUGCCAUUUGCCUGUCACUAGUUUUGCCGGUGUGUGCCUAGCUGUGAUUCUUUGCUAUUCAAUUUGGCAAAUUUGCAAUUUGGUGAUAAACAAGAAAGUACGAAAGGGGAACAAGGCUAUUUUUGGCUAAUAGCAUUAUAAUUUUUCCAUAAUAGAUAAAAAAAGUAUUAAGAAAUAAGCUAUUUGCUUAAUUAAGAAUAAGAUAUAAACUUAUAAUUGGAUACAAUUGAAAUAAGAUGUUUGGUAAAACAAAACGUAAAACGUCAGAAUGCUUAUUCGGUAUUGCAUAAUGUACAAUUGCGCUAAUUGCACAAGUGAUGGAGACAAUAAUUGAUAACAAGAAAAAAAGAGGGUAAAAUGUAAGAUAUAUAAUACUUUCAGCCCACUCCGAAGAAAAUUUAUUGUUCGAUAUAAAGGUAAUCUGAUCAAAUUUUGUACGUGAAGGAACCUAUCAGUAUUCUGUAUUAGAAGAUAAAACUGUAAAAGUAAGUAGGAAAAGAAAUGUUAUGUGCCUAUUAUUUCUGAAUUUUUCUACUGGUUCCUUUUUGCGAUGUGAUCUGAUUUGCCUUUUAGGAUUUUCGAGAAAUGCACAUGAAUUAGAGACCUCUAAUAGCGAUUUAUAGUAAUCUACAUCGAUAAAUCAUCGAUUAAGAAUGGUGUUGCGAAAUCUUUUCAGCAUAUUGAGCUCUGUCACGUUAGAAACGUGCACGAUACAUUACAUUAAAAUGUACGUGUACAUGGAUAGUUUCUCAUACGCAAGAUUACACCUGCAGCUUGUAUUUCAUGUUUUUAUCACAUCGUUUUCUUGCUAAUUAAAUCAAUAUAGAUUAGUCGCGAAGCCCGUUUACAAAACAGUCUUGCCCGAGUCCUUAAGCCUAAUAUUUAAAACGAGGUACUUCCUUCGAAGUCUACGAGAAUAUGACUUCAAACUUAACGCUCUCAAGGAUUAAUGAAACAACUAUACUUUUGUUGCGUGCCGCCCAAGUUUGUGCCUUUGGCUGCCUUUUAUGUUAUGUAGUUGUAUAAGCGAUAUGAUAUAUACGAUUUUUUUAAAUGUAUAACAAGAGGAACGUGUGAAAGGAGUGAAAUGUGUGUCCAAAAAUGCAUACGUGUUUUUUUAUCCGAUAAAAGACAAAGAAUUGUACAAGAAUCCUCUCGGUUGUUCACGUGUAAAAUAAAUGUACAGCUCUUUGUUUGCACUGUAAUGUCACACACUGUAGUAUACAUAUAGCUAUGUAUUAAUCAGAUGUAGUUGCCUGAUAUCGAGUCUUAUUUGUUUAAUAUGUUUAUCUAAUGAUUACAGUGGUGCGACGUGAAUCAAAAUUUUUGCAAUCGAGCUACCUUGAAGAAAGUUGUCUCGUGCCUUGGAAAAAGAAUAUAUGAAAAGAACUGAGCGCAUCUGCGACACUUUUGCUGUCGAUACAUUGCUGACUCUUAUUGUUUUAAAUAACAUGAAUAUGUUUAUAUCAUUAUUUUAUAAUAUAUUAACGUAUAAUAUAAAUUUUUCUUGUUAAUCUAUUAAACCGUUACAUCAUGUAUAUACACAAAUAAUGUUUAUAUGAAAAGAAUACUUCAGACAUCCAUUCGUUAAUCCUUACGUAGAAGUGCUCGGUUCCUUUUAUAGGAAAAUCAUCUAUUAAUGUGAAUGCCGUGAAAACUAAAUGAAUGAUUGAAAAGUAUGCGAAGUUGCGAUUUGGAAACGGGCUCUCGCGAUGUAUUCCGCACGUUACCGAUUGUAAAUAUGUUAAAUCUCGUUAGCCGUGUCGAGAGCAUAUCUCUCUCUUCGGAAUCCAUUCCACAUUAUGUACCGUUAGAGAAGAUAAUCGCGAAUGUUGUUUCCCCUUUGCGCGAGAUUUUCCGAGACGCUCAUGUGGCUGCAUCGUAUUCGCGACUAUCAGCAACGACGUAGGCACACGAGCCCUCUUCUAUCUUUGUACAGAUACGCCACCUCUGCGAGAAAAUAGCACGUAGUAUCGUAAGACUAUAUGAAGUUGACGCGUGUUAGCCGCAAAAUAGUACGGCAUGUAGUACAUCUUAUUUCGCACGUUCUUUUCUUUAUGGUGAAAAAGACAUUUUAUGUACAGAAAUGAUAUUUUAGUCGUACAUACAUAUAUAUAUAUAUAUUGUAUAUAUAUAUAUAUAUAUAUAUGUAUGUAUGUAUUUGUAUGUAUAAUGUAUAUGACGUAGUGAAAAGAUGGUAGAAAAUCUUUAUGUUAUAUGUGACAUAUUACGUGGUAAGAAAUUAGGCUCCUAAUGAAAAACUAGCAUAAAUGGUUGGUUAGUUAAACAGAUCUGCGUAUGCAGAGUGCAUACUUUGUUACCACGAAGAAAGAAUGAAACACAUCCCAGCACUCUGAUCGAGCGUUCUGUGUACCGAUAAAAGAUUUGCCGUUGUUGCUCGGCGAAAUUUUUAAGUAGCCUGACAGGCGUCCACUGGACGCCGGAUUACUUAGGAUAAAUUUUUCGUGAUCAGCUGUGUGUAUUGUUCGACAUAUAAAAAAAAAUUAUCUGCUCGGUCACGUUUGCGCGCCUUCACCUGUGCUGUCUACGCAUGCAUUUCUGGUAAUCGUUGUCUUGUGCAGCUCUACCAAGUACGAAGAAAUAAAAUUAAUACUUACUUGUGUAUCUAUAUUAAA